AUGCAGCGGUGGUCGGGACGUGUAGCUCUAGUGACAGGGGCCUCUGCCGGUAUCGGGGCGGGGCUGGUCAAGGCACUGGUCAAGCAUGGCAUGAAGGUGGUGGGGUGUGCAAGAAAUGUCGACAAAAUACAGACACUACCUGAUGAGCUGGGCCCUGGACCGGGUAUGGUGAAAAUAAUAAGAAGAGACGUAUCCAAGGAAGAAGAUGUCUUGGCGAUGUUCCAGAUGAUCAAGGCUGACCCUGACCUUGGCGGAGUGGACGUGUGCAUCAAUAACGCUGGUCUGGCCCACAACGAACCCCUGUUGACAGGAAGCACCCCCCUGUGGAGGGAAAUGGUUGAUGUGAAUAUCCUUGGCUUAUGCAUGUGCACCAGAGAGGCCUUCAAGUCCAUGCAGGAGAGGAAGGUGGAUGAUGGGCACAUCAUCCUGCUCAACAGCCUGUCCGGACACAAAGUGAUGCCGCUGAGUGCCAUGCACUUCUAUUCUGCCACGAAGUUUGCAGUCACUGGUCUCUCUGAAGGACUACGACGGGAGUUAAGGGAGAUGAACAGUGGGAUCCGAGUAACGUCUAUCAGUCCUCGUUUAGUGCAGACAGAGUUCUUCUCCCGAAUGUACAAGGAUAACGAAAAGUCUAAUGCCCGUUUUAGUCAGUCUCUUCCUCUACAGACGGAAGACAUCGUCAACACAAUUGUAUAUGCCCUAGAGUCUCCACAGCAUAUGGAGAUUAUGGACCUCCUCGUGAAGCCUACGACAGAAAUGCAUUAGACUGAAGAUGGUAAAGUGUAAGACAUCACAGAUGAUGAGGAAAGUGAUUUGGAGAUUCACCAGCGCUUUCAUAUAUGUUGCUUAUUUGACACACGAACUGCCAGGAGAUUUAGUAUUAGAUCGAAAAAAAUAUUAUAUCCCCACCAACUCAUCACCAAGCAAUCAUAAUCCCAUUAUCCUCCUGUCUAUCAUAUCACUGGCUUCUUCUCAAAACUUCUCCUCACCCGAUAGCUUAUUCUGUUUGUGUAACAAUUGCCCUCCUGUGUAAACAUCCUCCAACCUCAUUUAUUGUGCAAACAUCAAUCAACUCACUGUUCAAACUUUACUAUGUAUAUAUAACCUUGCCUUAAGUAUUGUACAUCACUUGGUUGGUAACGGUGAUAGUACCUACACCGAGACGUCGCUCAUACUAACAUGAAAGAAGUCGUAUAUCCAUAGAACUCUCGUCGUUGUUUAUGUACUAGUGGGCUAUACGGG